CUUCAUUCCCUUGUUUUAUGACUCUCUCUCCCUCUAGAUCUCUCUCUUUCUGUAUAUAUAUUUAAAAAAAGACCAAAGAAGAUGGUUGCUGGAGAUCAAAUCCGAAAGUACCCGACAAUGCCAGAGAUUUUGGACGAGUUAAAGAGAAUCAAAGACAUUGGCUUCCCCAUCAUAGCCAUCAACUUGGUGGGGUACCUCAAGGGCCUAUUCUCAGUCGUCUGCAUGGGCCGCCUCGGCCGUCUCGAGCUCGCCGGUGGUGCCCUCGCUGUUGGCUUUGCCAACAUCACUGGCUACUCAGUCCUCUCGGGCCUAGCCAUGGGUAUGGAACCCGUCUGCAGCCAGGCGUUUGGCUCGCGCAACAUGUCACUUGUAUCGGUCACGUUACAGAGAACAAUUCUCAUGCUACUCUUUGCAUCUGUGCCUAUUGGGCUGCUGUGGAUUAACCUAGAAUCCAUCAUGCUGAGGCUACACCAGAGUGCAGACGUGACUCAGGUGGCUAGCCACUACUGCCUCUUUGCUCUACCAGAUCUUAUUGCUAAUAGCCUACUUCAGCCAUUGAGGAUUUACCUACGUAGCAAGGGCACACCUGAGCCAGUCAUGUGGUGCACGUUGCUCGCCGUCCUUCUUCAUCUCCCCCUCACUAACUUCUUGGCUAAUGCCCUCCAUCUGGGUGUUCCUGGCGUCGCCAUCGCGUCGUUUUGUACCAAUUUGAACACACUAUUGUUCCUUAUGUGCUACAUGUUGUAUACUCGUCCUAGUGCCACGCCUGAGCCGCUCAUGGCACCGUUGCCAUUAACACCGUUGCCGCCGUCGCCGCCAGCCUUCUCUUCAAAAUCGAUUGGAGAAGAAUGGGGUAUGUUGCUUCGCCUCGCGUUUCCUAGCUGUCUAGCUGUGUGUCUUGAAUGGUGGUGGUAUGAGUUCAUGACACUACUGGCUGGUUAUUUAAGCAACCCACAUGUGACAUUGGCAACGUCUGCUAUUGUGAUACAAACCACUUCGCUCAUGUACACACUCCCAAUGGCUCUCAGUGCCUCUGUAUCAACCCGUGUGGGCCACGAGCUCGGUGCAGGCCGGCCACAUAAGGCAUGGCUGGCAACCAUAGUGUCCAUGGUACUAGCCCUCCUGGUCUCGUUCAUAGGCCUGAUAUGGACUACCUUGGGCCGUGGUCUGUGGGGGAGGGUGUUCACCGAAGACCAUGACGUUCUGGAACUAACCAUGACUGUCCUACCCAUAAUUGGGCUCUGUGAGCUUGUGAACUGCCCUCAAACAACAGGGUGUGGCGUCCUCCGUGGCAGCGCGCGGCCAUCCAUCGGUGCCGCCAUCAACCUCUACUCAUUCUACCUGGUGGGCACUCCUGUGGCUGUUGUGCUGGCCUUUGUUUUUGGGUUUGGGUUUGUGGGCCUGUGUUAUGGACUUUUAGCGGCACAAAUAGCAUGUGCUUUGUCUAUGGUAACUGUAAUUUCAAAGACAGACUGGGAUAGAGAGUCCUUAAAGGCCAGGGAUUUAGUGGGGAGAGGAUUUGCAUGCGUACAUGAAAAUCAAACACCAGAUUCCGGAGAAGAGGCUCUCUUUCUCAAAGAAGUAGUCUUUGAGACGUGAAGGGAAGGAAUACAUACAAAAAUAUUAUUGAAUAGACCCAACUAAAAUAGCACUCGAAUUUGGAUUCAAUCAUGUCUACAUGUUUCCUAAGCUUUAUCUCUCGCUUAUAUAUCAGAAACCCGAGCAUAUAUUUUAAUCAUGUACACUACCAUGUACCACUGUUGCUGUGUAUACAUAAAUGGGGACAUUUCUAUGGA